AACAUCCAAAGCCCAAGCUAAUGAGAAAAAAUAGACACAAUCGACGCUAAAGUCACAGUCCCAGUAACGGAAGAUCCUACUUGUACCAUCGAAGAACCCGGUGCAUUUACGGCGGUAUCAAAGGACGCCGAUUGCUAUAAUAUGAAUCAUAAAAAUCGCGGCAAGUGCUUAAUAUUCAAUCACGAGAGAUUUAACUUUUCUUCCCAACGGAAGGGUUCAUUAUUGGACGCCAAGAGACUGGAAGUAACUUUCAGGAAUCUUGAAUUUGACGUGGAAAUUUACAAUGACUUCACGCAUAGCGAAGUUGUGGACAUGAUACAAGACGUGAGCAAGCUCGAUCAUACGGAUAAUGACUGUCUCUGCAUCAUUGUGCUAACUCAUGGGAGCGAGAAAAAUAUGAUAAUCAACAUGAUCUAAAAGAUUUUUACUUUAUAUUUAUUGAGUUGCCUAAAUUUGCAAAAACCAAAGAGGAUCAGCUUUCAAGUAUAGUUGAAAAAGUAUGCAAAUUAGAAAUUUGCACGUGGCUUCCUCAUAGAGGAAGGUUUAGGAGCGAAAUCUAAUUUUUU